AUGACAUUCGAGGAGUACGCGCGGCAAGCGCUAGUUCGACAUCCUGACCUCGUAGAUGUCAUUAAGGAGCAGGUUAGGAAUGAUGAGCGUGCCAAACAGCUGGUUGAUUGUGUGGAAGAAGAAUGGCGUCGAUUUUUGGUGGUUCACUGUCUCCGCCUCCUCUUUGGCCCACUCAUCGAAUAUCUGUUGAUUAGUGAUCGAGUUGAAUUUUUAAAAGAACAUGGACAUAACGCGGUUGUGGUCCCUUUGUUUGACCCGAAAGAUCUCUCCUAG